AUCUUCUUAUCUUUCCAUUUUUUUUUUCUUUUUGGCACUUUCUCUACUAUAUCAUUUGCUUUCCUCUUAUUAAAACCCUAAUCCUUUCCAGUCUUAGCCAAUUUUAAUUUUUCUGCCAGCAAGAACCACUCGAAGACAAAAACUUAACCCAAAGGAUCAUAGCUGAGCUGAAGAAAUAAUGAAGAAGCCAAUUUUAUUAGGAACUUCAACGGCAACAAGCAGAACGCCAUGUUGCAGCAAAGUUGGGAUAAAGAAAGGGCCAUGGACCGCGGAAGAAGAUGAAGUCUUAGCUAAUUACAUCAAGAUAGAAGGCGGAGGAAGGUGGCGAACCUUGCCUAAACGAGCUGGUUUGCUUAGAUGUGGGAAGAGUUGUCGUCUCCGGUGGAUGAAUUAUCUCCGACCCACCGUUAAACGAGGUCCUAUUGCUCCUGAUGAAGAAGAUCUCAUUCUUCGUCUUCAUCGCUUGCUCGGAAACAGGUGGGCAUUGAUAGCUGGGAGGAUUCCGGGACGAACAGAUAAUGAAAUAAAGAACUACUGGAAUACCCAUCUAAGCAAGAAUUUAAUCAGCCAAGGAAUAGAUCCAAGAACCCAUAAACCAUUAAGCCCUGUUAGCCAUGGUUCAUCACAAGCUAACCAGGAUGAUGAUGAUGAUGUCCCAGAAUCAAACCCUAACCCCCCAAGCUCCUUCAAAUCUUCUGAAUUAAUGGGAGAAAAAACUAAUUCCAUGGAAACUACUAACCUGGAAUCUCAUCAGAUAUAUCAACACCAACAAGAGGUUGGUGACGAUUGCAUGGGGCAGCCAAGCAGCAGCGGGAACGGGGGAGACUUGGUUGAAAAUGGCAACGAAGACCAUAUGUUCUCUUUGUUUCUGGAUUCUUUGAUUACCGACAAUCAGCAGCAGCAGCAGCAAUCUAAUAAUGGCGAACUUUGGGAAGCUGAAAUCAUGUCUCCAAUGGUGGAGUUUGGGAACCCCCAAAACUACUUCAAUCAUCACCAGCAGCAUCCUUAGCAAAGCUGCCAAAGUAGUAGAUGCAUUUUGGUUUUACAUUUCAUAUUAUAAAUUGAAAAUGGAUUAGAAAGUAUAGGUUUCAUUUGUAUGCUUGGGUGGUGGUUGUUGUAUGUAGUUUUCGUCUCUUUGGUUGUGUUAAUUGUUAAGCAAAGAACUGUUUGUUUUAAGAAAACAUUAGAUCUACCUUGGCUUGUAUCAGCCCCUAAAUUAAUGUACUCUCUUCGCUUAUGUUUGAAAAUAUAAAUUUGUACAUAA